CUAUUUGUAUAUAUUUAUAUAUAUAUAUAUGUAAUGCUGUCAGGCAAGAGUAGUCUCACAACGAGGAUACCAUUUGUAAUACUGGGCUCAUUGCUCAUGAGUAUGGGCAUCUUCUUCUCAAGGCGUCUGGAUGAUGACAAGCAACAGCAGCAGCAGCAGUGUCCUACCGAUGGCUUGCGAGAUGACUGUAUUUUCUGUAGUAUAGUUAAAGAGAAUAACGUCAGCAUCUAUCAAGAUGACGAUAUAUAUGUAUUUCGCGAUAGAUAUCCAAAGGCCUCAACUCAUUACCUCGUCAUACCAAAGAUUCACAUCAAGUCUGUGAGGACGCUCACACCUGACGACUUGCCAACAGUGCUCAAGAUGAAACAGGUGGCACUUCAAUUGACAGAGUCAAUGUUCCCAGGCAAGGAGUAUAGACUUGGCUUUCAUGUUCCUCCCUUUUACAGUGUUCCCCAUCUGCACAUGCAUCUGUUGGUGGAACCAUUCACACCGUCUUUUAAACGAUUCAACUACACUCCUCAUCUGGGAGGACUGUGGUACCGUUCAGUGGACAUGAUUAUUGAGUCACUUUCAAAGGAUAGUUCA